AAAGGCGCUCCCCUCGCCCUUUCCCCUCGUCAUCGUUGUCUCGUUUCGCCCUUUCGGCUCCCUCCUCGCUCUCCUGCCCUCAUCUGGCUUUGGCAUCGGCACCUUUGUCGCUUCCAUCCCAACCCCGGCAUGCUCAGGGCCAUCUCCUGUUGUUUUGGAGGGUCCGCAGACCCAUCCAGCGACCGAGAUGUCUCCUCGCAGACCCCUGUCUCCCAACAACCAACAUUCCCUUCUCAGCCCGAUCCCUUUGGCCCCUGGCUCCAUCCCGUCGAGUGCCUCGUCAACAUUGCCCGCGACGAGCCCGAUGCCCUCCUGAUCAACACAUAUGAGAGCGGCAUCUCGGAGCGACUCAGCUAUCUCCGUGUGUGGAAGCAGGCGUAUUCGGUCGCCCAGGCUCUCAAGGCUCUCCCUGGCUGGAGCGAUGACGGCCACGAGGUCAUCGGCACCUUCUGCGAGGCCGAAGCCAGCUGGGUGAUCUUCUCGUUUGCUGUGUGGAUGCUGGGCAAGAAAACACUCAAUCUCGCCCUCAAUCUGCCUGCUGCUGCCCGCAAGGCUCUGUGCGAGAGAUACUCCAUCAAGUACAUCCUCUACCACCACACCAAGCCUGGCCGCACCAUUGGAGUGACGCUGGUCGAUGCCACCACGUUCCCUGUGCUGAACAACGUCCCACCCCCGUCUCUCGAAGUCUGUGAACCCCUUGAUGAUUAUGUCACCAUCCAGUGCACCUCUGGAACAACGGGCAUCCCCAAGUCGUUCAGGUUUGCACACACUGGAGCCAUCACCAUUCGAACUUCAGUUGGAAUGCUCAAGAGUAGCGCGGGAUUAUUCCAAGUGAGAUCAAAUGACACCCUUGAAUUGUUUGGAGGGCAUAGUUGGAUGUACUGACAAAUGAUGACUCUCAGCCUCCGUCCUUUUCGGCGGCUUUUAGUCUUUUCCUUAGCAUUGUCAGCCUGGGAGGGUCAGUGUGGAUUCCAA